GUUUUUCUUUUGAAACUCAAGCGUUAGGACGCUUGCAGUCAGCCUCUGGGCAUCGUUUCUCCAUGGAUCUAUCGGGAAGUGACAUUUCGCUGGAUGAGAGGACAGUAAUUCCAAGCACAGAGGAGCCGCAAACUUUGGUUGUUGGAGCCUCGCUGCAAGAAGAACUUGUCCGCUCCAAUCUAUCGGGAAGUGACAUUGCGCUGGAUGAGAGGACAGUAAUUCCAAGCACAGAGGAGGUUGUUGGAGCCUCGCUGCAAGAAGAACCAGUCGGUUCCCCAAAGUCCAUCAAGUCUGAUGAGAUCCGGAAGCAGAUUGCGAGGAUUGCGGACUUCCUUGUUCGCCUUCAAGUCACAAGGCCGCAGGUAAUAAGAGUGACACAGGCCCGCCAUGCACUUUGGCGGUUUGGACAAGUUUUUCGGGAAGGGCGCAGUGGACCAAACCGCUACCAUCAGAGCGAAGUGCGGUCCAACAUUGCUCAGUUUUGGUCGCACUCUUGGCAGGGCAGUGCUUUGCCCAAGGUUCUGCUGCUGCUUGCGAUAUACAAUGGGAUCCCAGCCGUUCUGGUUGGCUCGGCGGCUUUUGUGACCACGCGGAUCUGCACAGAGCCGGAGCUUGGACCAUUCCCUGCAAAGAACCCUUUGGCUUGGAGUAUGCUGGCGGGUGUCACUUUCUCCAGUCUCACUUUCCUGCUGUGGCAGUCUCGCAGACGUGUUUUUCUGGAUAGGAUAUGCAUCCACCAGACGAACGAGAGGUUGAAGCUUGAAGGCACCAUGAACUUAGCAGCGCUGUUGAAGCAUUCGCGGUCUUUGCUGGUGUGUUGGGAUCCAAGCUAUAUGCUGCGCAUGUGGUGUACAGUAGAGCUGGCUGUCUUCCUGAAAUGUCACGCGCAAGGUUUGCUGAUCAUCAGGCCUGUCAGCUGGGGAGGAUGCGCAAUUGCUGGUUUUCUUUCCUUAGCUACGCUGCUUGCCGGCUCAGACCUCCUGACUUUGCUUCUGACCGAGGACUUCUUGGGGCGAGGGGAUUUGCAAUGGGUUGCACUUGUGACGUCCUUCAUCUACGCUGCUUUUGGUUUUCUUUUCAUGUACUUCUGCAGCGCUGCAGCUCGAGCCCAUUUCCGGGCUGCCAAUGCUGUCCAGGAGCAGCUGAGAACCUUCUCCUUCUACAACGACACUACUUGCCAUUGUUGUAGCGUUAAUCACGUGAUCGAAAAGACUGGGCAGAGGAUUCCUUGCGACCGUGAGGCGCUUUCCCAAUGCCUUGGUCAUUGGUUUGGUUCCGUCAGUGCUUUCGACGGUGUCGUUCAGCAAGAAGUCUCCGCAUCAUUUGAGCGUGGAGUCAUACAGUGCCUCUUGCCAUAUGCUUGGCUUGUUGGAGCUAUGUGUCCCAUGAUGUGGUUUGGGAUUCACAAUGGAUUUUUCUAUUACUUUGACUCUGCCUUCUCAGACGCAUGGUUGGCCUUUUGCAAUGCCGUCUACUGCUUUGGCUGGUGGCUAGGGACCAUCCCAGUAAUCGUAGCAUUAUGGCUGCGGAUCCCACGCCGUUGUCAGAGGCGCCGUUCUACAAGAUGUCAGGAGGUGAUGCUUAACAUAGCUUGCUCCUUCGUGAUUGGCUUCAUGGUUUUAGUGGUUCGCGGAGUUGAGUUUGUGAUUGUGUUCUCUAUGCCAACCUAUGGCAUCAUCACGUGCACGUUAAUUUCUCUGCUCGCUGUCGCCCUUCUUUUGAGUAAUUGUGGCAGAAUGUGUCACUACACAUCUGUUUCUUGAAGGAUCUCCGACCAAGCCACGGAUGCCGUUCGCAAAUAUUCCGAUGCAUCCCGAAGCCUUGAGCCUCAAAAAACCCAAACAUCUUUUGAUAUGUGUUGGAGUUUCUCAAACAUCCGCCUGGAAUCC